AUGGCCGCCGGCGCCGCCCGCCUCCUGCUGCUCCUCGCCGCGGCGUCCCUCCUCGCGUCGCCCCCGGCGGCGUCCGCCCGCCCGUGCGGCCACGCGCAGACGCUGCUCAUCUCCUUCUCCUCCUUCUCCAGGCCCAACCCGGACCCGGCCAACCCGGCCCCGCUCACCACCACCGUCGUCACCGUCCUCCGCGUCCGCCGCCUCGGCCCGCACCUCCAGAUCCGCCGCCCCGCCCACCCCGAGCCCCUCCCGGCCGCCGCCGUCGCCGCAUCCGCCGACACCGCCUCCUCCUUCCAGGAGCGCGCCAAGGACAUCCUCGUCGUCGUCUCCGGCCUGCUCUUCGGCUUCGGCUGCGGCGCCCUCACCGCCGCCUCCAUGUACCUCGUCUGGUCCCUCAUCGCCUCCACCGCCGCCUCCCCCUACGACGAGCUCUACAGCGACGACGACGACGAGGAGGUCUCCGACUCCGAGAGCCCCAAGAAGGCCGGCUACGUCAUCAUCCACGACACCGAGGACUUCGUCGGCGGUAAGAACUAGGAUCGGUCUUGCAAGCAGACGAUUUCGUGAUGCAUGAUUACAUGGGGAAAAAAACUGUGGGGUAUAUAUAAGACUAUUCGCAUCUAUCUAUCUAAUUUGUGUGUGUGUGCUGCGCCUGUCUGACUCUCUCUACGUGUAUGGUUGGGGAAACGAUGUUAUGAAUAUGCUUUCUGUGUGUUCUUAGAUAUGCUCAAUGCCAAACUGAAGCAUAUGCUUAUUUAUCUAUCCUGAAAGAUGGAACUUGUUUGA